AUGUCACCAGAAGUCAGACCAUUGAUACAACAUCAAAACACAACACCAACACAUACACCACCAAAUAGUUUAAAGAGGAAGCAUGUCAGUCCAGUAAGACAAACACCAUCUGGAUCACAGAAUGCAGGUGGAAGUUCUGGAAACGAUCCCUUUCCUAUGUCGACAGGAAAGUUUCAGAAGAGGGUAUUGUAUCUCCUAACCGAUAUCAGGAAUUUGUUGGGAAGACAAAAUGAAAAAGCAGCAGAGCCGGACACAGCUCAACCACAGGAGCCAUUUGAACUGCUAAAGAGUGUUCAAGAGCUAAUAGAGUUUAAGGAGACAUUAAAAGACAAGUCAAACUAUGAUAGAUUGGUCAGUUAAACAUUUACAUUCAUUUUUUCCCAAAGGAUACAUGAAACACACUAUUUAGCCUGACAGCAUGUUCACUUAUUCUCGGAUCCGGGUUAACAUGCUUGGAAUUUUCUGAUCAUUUUUAACAAAAAUGACCAACAUAUUUAAAUUCAGCAUCAAAAUUUAUGGAAACAUGCAAAUUUUCAAGUUUAUACACUAAGUACAACUGCCAAACUUUUGAUGUUGUAUGAAGAAAUGACCACACAAAUUAACUGCAGUGAAAUUUUUUAACUCUUAUAAAAUUUAAAAACUUUAAAUUACAAUAAAUCCUGUUCUAAUAAUCUCUUGGUAUUCUAAAUUUCCUAUGUUAUAUAAUUUUUGCUGAUAAAUCCAAAUAUGCCACUCAUUUUUCUCAAAAGUUCCUUGUUUUCUUUUUCAAAAUUUGAUAAUGUUAACCUGGAUCUGAGAAUUCUUACACUUCUAAUGAAGUGUGAACACAGCUUAAAGAACUGCCUUUGUUGUCCCUCCUGGAAACAACUAUAGCUAGCUAAAUACUACUUUUCUACUUUUGUGUUUGUGUGCACCUGUAGCUAGAAAUAUAUUUAUUGAUAUAUGUUUCAUUUUACAGCUAUCCCAGUUAUCAAGAGUUGG